GAAUAUGAAAUGACUUGUUGUAUGAGUUCAGUUGUAAACAUGUAUAAUAUUUCCCUAUCAAGUUUUAUGAAACAAACAUUUUAUUUGCUUUUAAAAAAUAUUUUCUUGUUUCAUAAUAUUGUUUUUAUCAUAAUUUGUUAAAGUUGAAAAUUAGAGACAAGACUUAAUUUGUCACAUAAAGUGUCAAAGGCACACUACUCAGGAUAUACAUUUUUAAUUAUUUUUCGAAGAUUUAUCCACAUAAAAAUUGGGGUAUUUAUCAAGAUGUUGGCAUCUAGUUCUAAUAAAAGACCAUUUACUGUUUGUGUUGAAGGAAAUAUUGCGAGCGGAAAAUCAACAUUUUUGGAAAACUUUAAACAAUUUAAUGAUAUUAUGGUAUUACAUGAACCUGUUUCGUUUUGGCGUGAUAUUAAUGGUAUUAAUCUAUUCAAUCUUAUGUACAAACAUCCUGAACGUUACGGUUGUGUUUUUCAAUCUUAUGUACAACUUACGUUUCUUGAACUUCACACACAACCAACAUCUCUGCCUUUUAAAAUAAUGGAACGCUCAAUGUACAGUGCUAGAUGCUUUAUAGAAAAUAUGACACGAAUCAAUAAAAUUGAAAAAAUCGAAGCAUUAGUACUAGAAAAAUGGUUUGAAUGGUGCCUGAAAAAUCAUUGUAUUGAUCUCGAUUUGAUAGUUUAUCUUCGAACAUCACCAGAAACUGUCUACGAAAGAAUGAAAAAGCGUGCCAGAAAAGAAGAAAAGAGCGUGUCGCUAGAAUAUUUAAAGAAGAUUCACAAUAUUCAUGAAGAUUGGCUGCUUCAUCGUACUCUAUUUUCUGUUCCAGCUCCGGUUAUUAUCUUAAAUGCUGAUCAAAAUUUCGAUGAAAUGCUAAUUGAAUUUCAACGAUGCAAAAGUAAUAUUUAUUCGAAACAUUUAAAUUGAAUACUCAGUUAAAAACUGUACAAAAGAAGUAAAACGAUAAGACAAUGUUAAAAAUUUUGAUGAACCUAAGAUAUUAUUAAUUAACGAAAUAACGAUCAAGAACUGAUUCUCCGAAUCCGGAAACGAUAUUUUUUGAUGUUCAGAUUGAUUGUAAUAUUUUUAUAAAAUCAUAAAUUUGUUUUUAUA